GGGCGCAGCGCGGCCCUCGCCCCCCUCCAUGGUAAGCGCCGCGCUCUGCGCUCCUCGCCCGCCCCUCCGGCGGGCUCCGUGCCCCCGGCCGCCGCCCCGCCGCCCCCCCGGGCCAGCGGAGGGCCGCCCAGGAAGUUCAUGAAGUGGAUCAUGGUCUUAUUAACCAGCUACUUGCUGAUUCAGAGGAGACUCUUAAUUCAUGCACAGAGAAAAUGCAGGGUCCUGCUCAGUAUAGCUGGAGUGCUGACUGGAGCUUUUGGCUCUCAAGUUCCACUUACAAAUAUAGGAGUGAGGAAUUCAAGAGACAGUUUUCUCAUCUGCCAGACUCAGAGAGACUCAUAGUAGAUUACGCCUGUGCGCUCCAGAAGGACAUCCUGCUGCAAGGACGCCUGUACCUCUCUGAAAACUGGCUCUGCUUCCACAGCAACAUUUUCCGAUGGGAGACCACAAUUUCUAUUGCUUUGAAGGAUAUAACUUUCAUGACAAAGGAGAAGACUGCUCGUCUCAUUCCAAAUGCCAUACAAAUAGCAACAAAAGGAGAGAAGUUUUUCUUCACAUCAUUCAGUGCAAGAGACAGAAGCUACCUCAGUAUCUUCCGUUUGUGGCAGAAUGUGUUGCUGGAUAAGAGGCUGACCAAGCAGGAAUUCUGGCAGCUGGUGCACCAGAGCUAUGGCUCUGAGCUGGGCCUGAACAGCGAGGAGAUGGAGAGCUUCCACUCAUCGUCAGAGGACAACGGGCAGUCUCGAUCCAGCAUUUGUGAUGAUUCUGGAGAAAGGGAUGAAAAACUACCCAAAAUGAUUGGUUUAGUUCGUGAGCCCACACUUCAAACAGAAGGAGAGUCACUCAACAGACACAUGUUGCCAGGAGUGGAGGAGUCCUCAAGUGAGAAGCAAAUAAAGAGUCCUCUUCCAUCUUCAGAAAGAAAACCUGCUAAGCUAGUUAGGAGCAGGUCUUUAGAAAAGUCUUUGGACCUUAACGAGAAUGAAAAUCUUCCAGAGAAGAGCAGUGCUUCAGAUAGUGAAGAAGCAGUGAAGGAGACUGUCUCUGACAAUGAUCUCUAUGGGAGACUUUUUAUAAACAGAGUUUUCCACAUCACUGCAGACAAGAUGUUUGAAAUCCUUUUCACCAAUUCUCACUUCAUGCAGAGGUUUCUUAAUUCCAGGAGUAUAGUAGAUGCUGUAUCAACCCCUUGGAAUAGAGACUCCAAUGGCAAUCAGUUGAGGACUUUGACGUACACUGUAACAAUUAACAAUCCCCUCUGUGGGAAGUUCACAACUGCAACGGAGAAGCAGAUCCUGCAUAAGCAGAGCCAGAAAGGUCAGUCUUAUCAGGUAGAUGCUGAGGUCCUGACCCACGACGUCCCCUACCAUGAUUAUUUCUACACUGUGAACAGAUACUGCAUCAGCCGCACGUCCAGUCACAAGUGCCGGUUACGGGUUUCUGCAGAAGUGAAGUACAAAAAACAGCCUUGGGGCCUUGUCAAGUCUGUAAUUGAGAAGAAUACCUGGGGAGGAAUACAGGAAAACUUCAAACAACUUGAAUCAGAUCUCCUAAUGGAGGAAUAUGCAAUUAAUCAAUCCAUAGAAGACUCUGGGAAAUUACUUGCUCUGAGACGAAGGCGACGCACUUUACACCGGGGUUUGGCAGAAUCACUUCCCAAACGCUCUUCCCAGCAUUCCUCUGGUGACCUGGGAGUAGAGUCCCAGGGCAGUUUAAUAGGAAGGAAAAGAGAUGCAGUAAGUAGGACCACCACCAUCAUUGUAGUAAUGAGUGUCUUUUUGCUGCUCUUGGUCUUGCUGAAUAUAACACUGUUCCUCAAACUCUCAAAGAUAGAGCAUGCAGCUCAGUCCCUUUAUCAUGUCCAGCUUCAGGAGGAAAGCUCUUUGAACAUAUCCCCAGAAAUUGUAUCAAAAGAGGAGAUACCUCAAUAUGAUAAGGAACAGGUUAAACAUGUGAAGGGAGUUUUAAGAGACUCAAUUGAAAUGCUUGAGCAGCUGAAGAUUUCCCUUUCCAUGCUCCAAAGAAGCUUUGACCACUUGAACAGGACACAGAGCAGCAAGACUGAGAGUUAAUAGCCACAUCAGCUUUUCAUUCAAGAUGCUGGAAGAACAGAUGUGUGUGUGAGGACUUGUGGGGUAGGGACUGUAACUGUCUCCUCUGGACUCUUUACUGUUGCACAGAAUAAAAGGUUUGUGGAAGAAGUAA